GGCGGCCUUCUCGGCCCCCCCGGGUGCCGCGCGGGAUCAUGUCUACAGCCUCUGCCGCCUCCUCCUCCUCCUCUUCUUCGGCCGGUGAAAUGAUCGAAGCCCCUACUCAAGUCCUGAACUUUGAAGAGAUCGACUACAAGGAGAUCGAGGUGGAAGAGGUUGUUGGAAGAGGAGCCUUUGGAGUAGUCUGCAAAGCAAGAUGGAGAGCAAAAGAUGUUGCUAUUAAGCAAAUAGAGAGUGAAUCUGAGAGGAAAGCUUUUAUUGUAGAGCUUCGUCAGUUAUCCCGUGUGAACCAUCCUAAUAUUGUAAAGCUUUACGGAGCCUGCUUGAAUCCAGUAUGUCUUGUGAUGGAGUAUGCUGAAGGAGGCUCUUUAUAUAAUGUGCUGCAUGGGGCUGAACCAUUGCCAUAUUACACGGCUGCGCACGCAAUGAGUUGGUGUUUACAGUGUUCCCAAGGAGUGGCUUACCUUCACAGCAUGCAACCCAAAGCUCUAAUUCACAGGGACCUGAAACCGCCAAACUUGUUGCUGGUCGCAGGGGGGACGGUUCUAAAAAUCUGUGAUUUUGGUACUGCCUGUGACAUUCAGACACACAUGACCAAUAAUAAGGGAAGUGCUGCCUGGAUGGCACCUGAAGUUUUUGAAGGUAGCAAUUACAGUGAAAAGUGUGACGUCUUCAGCUGGGGUAUUAUCCUCUGGGAAGUAAUAACACGUCGGAAACCCUUUGAUGAAAUUGGUGGCCCUGCUUUCCGUAUCAUGUGGGCUGUUCACAAUGGUACUAGACCACCACUGAUCAAAAAUUUGCCGAAGCCCAUUGAGAGCCUGAUGACUCGUUGUUGGUCUAAAGAUCCUUCUCAACGCCCUUCUAUGGAGGAAAUUGUGAAAAUAAUGACUCACCUGAUGCGGUACUUUCCAGGAGCAGAUGAGCCUCUGCAGUAUCAGUAUUCAGAUGAAGGACAGAGCAACUCUGCCACCAGUACAGGCUCAUUCAUGGACAUCACUUCUACCAACACCAGUAAUAAAAGUGACACCAACAUGGAACAACUUCCGGCCACAAAUGAUACUAUUAAACGCUUAGAAUCAAAAUUAUUGAAAAAUCAAGCAAAGCAACAGAGUGAAUCUGGGCGUUUAAGUUUGGGAGCUUCCCGUGGGAGCAGUGUGGAGAGCUUGCCCCCAACCUCCGAGGGCAAGCGGAUGAGUGCGGACAUGUCUGAGAUAGAAGCACGGAUCGCUGCAACCACAGCCUGUUCCAAGCCUAAACGGGGCCACCGUAAAACCGCUUCAUUUGGCAACAUUCUGGAUGUCCCUGAGAUCGUCAUAUCAGGCAACGGACAACCCAGACGUAGAUCCAUCCAAGACUUGACUGUUACUGGAACAGAACCUGGUCAGGUGAGCAGUAGGUCAUCCAGUCCUAGUGUCAGAAUGAUCACUACCUCAGGACCAACCUCAGAAAAGCCAACUCGAAGUCAUCCAUGGACCCCUGAUGAUUCCACAGAUACGAAUGGAUCAGAUAACUCUAUACCAAUGGCUUAUCUUACACUGGAUCACCAACUACAGCCUCUAGCACCAUGCCCAAACUCCAAAGAAUCUAUGGCAGUGUUUGAACAGCAUUGUAAAAUGGCCCAAGAAUAUAUGAAAGUUCAAACAGAAAUUGCAUUGUUAUUACAGAGAAAGCAAGAACUAGUUGCAGAACUGGACCAGGAUGAAAAGGACCAGCAAAAUACAUCUCGUCUGGUACAAGAACAUAAAAAGCUUUUAGAUGAAAAUAAAAGCCUUUCUACUUAUUACCAGCAAUGCAAAAAACAACUAGAAGUCAUCAGAAGUCAGCAGCAAAAACGACAAGGCACUUCAUGAUUCUCUGGGACCCUUGAAUUUUAAAAUAUGCAAAGAAAGACUUGUUUUUUUUUGUUUUGUUUUUUGUUAUUUUUCAAGGAAACAAUAUCCCUUAUAAUGACAGUUCAUGAGUGUUCGCUUUUUUGGCGUGUUCUGAAUGCCAUCUGCCUCUAUUUGCUGCAUGUGAUUCAUCGUUUAUUUCUCUAUUCUCCUGGUGGACAUGCAACUCAACUGUCUCGUUGCAUAACAUCAGGGCGUCUGGGACUUGAAUCAGCAGCAGUUCUUCACGUGAAAACCCAUGCAGGGAACUCUGGCUGUAUAUGCAUGCUCAUUGUACAGUGACGGGGGUCAAACUAGCUGCCAUGUGCUGCAAACAUUGUCUUUUUCUUCUUCCCAUUAGAGGUAGAACCUCUGUAAUGAUUUUGUUCAUGUAUCUCAUCUCAAAACAAUAAUGUUUUUGUUUUCUGAAAUGUGGUUUAUACCACAUUAAAGACAGGGUAUUGUAAAGUAGAAUCAUUGGUGGUGCAUUGCAGAAAUAGUGAACCUGUAGGGAUAAUUCAAAAUGAGAGUCUUGAUGCCAGCACCCUUGGAUGAACACUGAGCUUUGUUCCAUCCAUUAAUGCGCAGAGUCACGUGGUGACUGCUCUGUUUAAGGAAAGCAGGUUUACAUGUUUUCAUUAGACUUCAAUUGGAUUACGAUACAUUGAACAAAAUGGAACUCUCUUUUUUAAGAGGUAAAGAUUUUUAAUUCUGUGAUUGUGUGGAUGUGUGUUGAAAUUGUAAAGCUUUUAUGACUCUAAUAUUAAGCUCUUAAAUGAAAUUAAAAAGCAAAUGGACAUGAUUCUGUAUAAUCAUUCCUUCCUGCAAUGAUUAUUGGAUUGUUUUACUAUAUAGUUUUAAAACUAAAGAGAAAUCAUGGGAAAUACUUGGACUUUAAAUUUCUCUUCACAAUACAACGAAGAAAAGACCUGGCAGAUCUUGAAAGGUUAAGAAAGAAGUAAGUAAAUGUCAAUUCACCAAGUAUACCCACUUCCCCGAGAUACUGGGAUAAUUGGUUUUUCUGGCAAGCUCUCUAAGAGUGCCUGUUGCCUUUCAACUCUUUUAAGAGAGCAUUUCAACACAUAUAAAGAGUAUUUAUAUUGUUAACAGUUAACUUUGCUACCAACUUGAAACUAACUUUAAAGUGAUAAUAAAAAUUCAUUGAAAUAAUAGACUAUAGAAGCUCUAUUUUUUCAGUUGCCAUUAAAAUCAGUCACAUUUUGAUACCAGUACAAGGUGUCUUUUAAAUAAGGAUGUCAUUGACUUCAUUUUUUAUAGCAAUGUUUUAUGAAGAGAAAAUUAAAAAUGGAAGCGUAAUUGCUGUGAUUCUUAAGAAUUGUGAUUGUUUGUAGAUCUGCUCUAUUUCACAUAAGCAAGUUGGUCUAAGCAGUGAUCAAAGCUGUUUUUCAAAAUGCUAAAGCAGGUAACCUUUUCUUCCAUUAUUUUACCCCUCCCACUGAGUUUUAUAAUGUAUUCUUUGUGUAUACAGCAAUAAAGGUAAAGGACAGUUUAUACUAAA